AUGGAAUCAUGUUUUAGAAGUUAUGACCCUUUUGAUUCUUUUAAUAGACAUUUAUUGACCCGUACAACUGUACUUAACCAAGAUGUCUGUAGUAAUAUUCAUGUAGAACCACUGAUAAUUGAUACUUCACAUGAUACAUGUAAUGAAGCAUUAAUGUUGGUUAAUAAUAAAAUUCCCCGACGUGAAAUAUCUAUAGAGUCAUUUAAGAGACUAGUUACUAGCGAUGCAAUAAUUCUUAUAUCAAAAUGGUACAAUGAAGCUGUUGUGCCUAAAAACCAAUUACAACUUCUUUUAGGUAAUAGAAACAAAAACAUCACAAAAGAUUAUAAUAUUGUUAUUCAAUCUGUAAAUGUAAAUAUUUGUUUUAUUCCAUUAAGAUGUGUCUUUAAAAUGUUUUUUGAACAACCUUUUGUAUUAAAAACAGUUCUUGAAAAUUUCUUGCUCUUCUUUUCAUUGAUUGUAAGGAGUUUGGAAAUACAUAUAUCUUUAAAGAACCAACUAAUUAAUGAAGUUAACUAUUUACAAAACAAUGAUAUAACUGUGAAUGUGGACAAUGAAAGUUCCUAUAUUUAA